AUGUCCAACACGCACCGAAUGCGGUACAAAAACGAAGGCGUUGACUCCAAAGAGUUGCGUCGCAGGCGAGAAGAAGAAGGCAUACAGUUGCGCAAGCAGAAACGAGACAUUCAGCUGUUCAAAAGGCGCAACAUCAACGAUACUAUUCAGAACGAUGACCCUGACGUGGCUUUACCUAGUACUGUGACUGAUUGGUCCAACAUAAAUGAAGAACUGCUUAAACAUUUGUAUAGCAUUAAUGAAGAAGAUCAGUUAAAAGCAACACAAAAGUUUAGGAAGUUAUUGUCAUCUGAACCUAAUCCUCCUAUUGAUGCUGUUAUUAGUACAGGUGUUAUUCCACGAUUUGUUGAAUUUUUGAAAAAUACUACUAAUAGCCAUCUACAGUUUGAAGCUGCAUGGGCCUUGACAAAUAUUGCUUCUGGAACAUCAGAACAGACACGAAAGGUAAUGGAAGCUGAUGCCGUACCGGUAUUCAUAUAUUUGCUCGAAUCACCACAUGAAGAUGUACAAGAACAAGCGGUUUGGGCUCUAGGAAAUAUUGCUGGAGAUUCUCCUAUGUGUCGUGAUUACGUUUUGAACAUGGGCAUAAUGAAGCCAUUACUAAAACUACUAAAUAGUUGCUCACGUCUUUCAAUGACUCGUAAUUCUGUAUGGGCGGUAUCUAAUUUGUGUCGUGGAAAAGUGCCCCCUCCUGAUUUCACCAUGGUUUCACCAGCUCUACCAGUUUUAUCAGAUUUGUUGAGUCAUAAUGAUCCAGAUGUACUGGCAGAUACUUGUUGGGCUCUGUCAUAUUUAUCAGAUGGUCCAAAUGAAAAAAUUCAAGCAGUGAUUGAUGCUAAAGUUUGUCCAACUUUGGUUGAAUUACUGAUGCACACACAAAACAAUGUGGUCUCUGCUGCUCUGCGAGCCGUUGGUAAUAUAGUAACUGGUGAUGAUGUUCAAACACAAGUCGUUCUAAAUUGUUCGGUCUUACCUUGCUUACUUAGCUUGUUGGGAUCACCAAAAGAAACUAUCCGUAAAGAGGCCUGUUGGACAAUUUCUAAUAUUACUGCUGGAAAUAAAAACCAAAUACAAGCUGUUUUGAAUGAAAAUAUAUUCCCUGCACUCAUACAUAUUAUGGCCUCAGCUGAGUUUAAGACAAGAAAAGAAGCUGCAUGGGCAAUAACAAAUGCUACUUCAGGAGGAACGCAAGAACAAAUUCAACAUUUGGUCGAGCAAAAAUGUAUUCCUCCAUUGUGUGAUCUCCUGACAGUGACAGAUGUAAAAAUUAUUCAGGUGGCUUUGAAUGGUCUAGAAAACAUUCUUAAGUUAGGUGAACAAUUAGCUAGACAAACUGGUGCUGUUAAUCAGUAUGCUGUAUUGCUAGAAGAAUGCUAUGGUCUGGACAAAAUAGAAUUCCUGCAGUCACAUGAAAACAUAGAAAUUUAUCAGAAAGCUUUUGGAAUUAUCGAACGUUAUUUCGGUUCUGACGAAGAUGAUCCACGUGUUGCACCUUCUGUACAAGAAACUGAACAAGGAAUUGAACAGUAUGAUUUUAGGGAUCAAAGUGUCCCCAUGACUAGAUUCCAAUUCUAA